AUGAAGUACAUUCAUUCCGAAGAGACUCUGACCAUCCCAGAGGGUGUCAAGGUCGCCAUCAAAUCCCGUCAAGUUACCGUUGAGGGACCAAGAGGCAAACUCCACAAGGAUCUUAGCCAUUUGGCAGUCAACUUCUCCCAGCCAAAGAAGGAUGUCAUCAAGAUCGAGCUUCACCACGGAGCCCGCAAGAACGUCGCUACUCUCCGAACCGUCCGUACUCUCAUCAACAACUUGAUCAUCGGUGUUACCAAGGGUUUCAAAUACAAGAUGAGAUAUGUCUACGCACAUUUCCCAAUUAACGUCAACGUUGAGAAGGGACCAGAGGAUAUCCCAGUUGUUGAGAUCAGAAACUUCAUCGGCGAGAAGAUCGUCCGUAAGGUUCAAAUGAGAGAAGGUGUUGCUGUCGAGCCAUCGAAGAACGUCAAGGAUGAGCUUCAAUUGUCUGGUAACUCCCUUGAGGAUGUUUCCCAAUGCGCCGCCGAUAUCCAACAAAUCUGCAGAGUACGAAACAAGGAUAUCCGAAAGUUUUUGGACGGUUUGUAUGUCUCAGAGAAGGGUAACAUUGUUGAGGAAUAA